AGGGAAGUUUUGCAGGGGUUACGUUUGCAGUCAGUCCGGUGUUUGCAAAUAUUGUGUGGGCUCGGGAGCGCGUCUCUAGGCUCCGGCAGGAUCCGAACCCGCGGCGCCUAAUUGCUGUGCACUGAGUUUGCAUGAAACUUUCCCGGCGCUGCAGGCACGGCCGCUGCGCUCCCGACUCCAGACCGCACACCUCCCUGUUUGUACGACAGCCGGGACUGUCUUUUCCAACCCGACAUGGAUGUACUCCCAAUGUGCGGCAUCUUCCAGGAACUCCAGAUUGUGCACGAGACCGGGUACUUCUCGGCGCUGCCCUCCCUGGAGGAAUACUGGCAACAGACCUGCCUGGAGUUGGAACGGUACCUGCAGAGUGAACCCUGCUAUGUGUCAGCCUCCGAAAUCAAAUUCGAAAGCCAGGAAGAUCUGUGGGCCAAGCUCAUCCUGGCUCGGGAGAAGAAGGAGGAUCCGGAGGUGCAGGUGUCCUCCAGCCCCCCAGAGGAUGCGCUCAGCAGCCCCGGCUUUGGUUACAACCUGGAGACCAACAGCUUGCACUCAGACGUGAGCAGCGAGUCCUCUGACAGCUCCGAGGAACUCUCACCCACUUCCAAGUUCACCUCCGACCCCAUCGGCGAAGCGCUGGUCAGCUCUGGGACCCUGAGCUCCUCGGUCACCUCCACGCCGCCCUCUUCCCCAGAACUCAGCAGAGACCCUUCUCACCUGUGGGGCUGUGCACCCGGUGAGCCACGCCCUCCUGGGAAGAUGCGCAGUGGGACUUCUGGGAAGCCUGGUGACAAGGGCAGCGGGGACGCCUCCCCGGAUGGCCGCAGGAGGGUGCAUCGGUGCCACUUUAAUGGCUGCAGAAAAGUUUACACCAAAAGCUCCCACUUGAAAGCACAUCAGCGCACUCACACAGGAGAAAAGCCUUACCGAUGCUCAUGGGAAGGGUGUGAGUGGCGUUUUGCGAGAAGCGAUGAGUUAACCAGACACUUCAGAAAGCACACUGGUGCCAAGCCCUUUAAAUGCUCUCACUGUGACAGGUGUUUCUCCAGGUCCGACCACCUGGCUCUGCACAUGAAGAGGCACCUGUGAGGGAGCAGACCGCGGACCCUGCGGCUAAAGCGGCUUCCAGGCGGCCUGCCGGCGUGGAAGGGGGUGUGUCCGGCGGAGCGGCCCCUUUGCGCCCCACCCAGCAGCCUCCAGGACCUCUCCUGGGAAGGUCUUUCGAGGGCGGAACCGUCACGUGUGAGCGGCGGAGCGGCCGUGGUGUGCGGUGUUUGGGUGGCCCUGGACUAGCCACCGGUACCUACCCUGAGUGGUCCCUACGCCUCUGCCGUGAGCAUGUGCGCUGAGAAUGUCAGUGGUUGGGUUGGCUGUGUGUGGGGGUCUGUGACGGACUGUGUGACGAGGCGCUGCUUCCCGUGCGGCUGCAAGAGACAGAAAACAUGGAGUCUGAAUGUUUUGCGUGUGACCGGUAAUCCACGAGAUGCGACGACCACCGAUCAUUUCCCGGGGUUCGGGGUGGGGGGUGUCUGCGCCUUAGGAAAAAAAAAAAAUCAAAAAAGAAGGGAAACCGUGGAGGGUGGGAUGGGGGUCAGGGCCCUGCCCGUGAGCGGGCGUGGGGAGGGGGCGCCCUCUCAGGCACGAGGGGCUCCCGCGUCUGGCGCAGAGUGUCCGGCAGCUUGUCCGCGGCUACGCGGAGCUCGUUUGUUGCCCGUCGUGUAAGCAGUGCGCUCACAGACAGGACACAGGGGUCAGCUUCCUUCCAAGACAGAAGCAACGCGCGUUCUGGGGAGCUUCGUGCUCUUCCAUUUUUAAAUCAGGACCACAGCUUGGAUCCCGGUCACUGAGCAGCUAACGUGCCACGUGUGGCAUCGUGUGACCCCCUCGCCAUCUGGGCCCGGCGAUCCAUAGCCCUUCUCCCCGCUUCGAUCUCUGACACGCCCCAUCCAGAAAGGCAGUGUGCAGCACGGGGUUAUUCUUUUAAUGACUCUGAAUUCGAAUGACCUUUUUGGAGCAUGUCGUGAGGCCAUUUGAGACUCUGGUCCCACGCCGGGUGCCGAGAACGCGAGGGCUGGGGACGGCUGGUCUCACGUCGCGUUAGACUGAGAACCCACAACUUUUCUCGGUUGGGUGGAUGAAACCACUAAAGCUUAGAAACUGUUUUCUUAUGCAGCUAAGUUUCUCUUAUUUAUGCCUUGAGGACUAAUUUCUGGUUUUCUAGCUGUUAAUGCACUGUAGAUUUUAAUAAUGGUGCCUUAUGCAAGUGGCCCCUUAUGUCGGGGGUCUCAAACAGGGGUAUGGGUGAUGCAUGCUUUAUUAAGGCUCUUUUUUCACCUGGCAGAGUACUGUAUCAAUGUAAAAUACUGAAAGAAAGAAAAAAAAACAAAACUCGUUGAGGUCAUCCUUCACAAAGACAAAUAGAGAGAUGAAAACUUCCCAAACAAAUCAGUAUUCACUCAAUAUUUUAGAUAACUUGACUGUCAGUGUUAAAGUGGAAAACACACGAUAAUUGGAAAAUCUGACCGUUUCAGCGACCAUGAGACUUCGCAUAGACCUUGCACAACAACUGUAUAGCUCACACACCGGCUGUGUUUAAUAUGUAAUGUUUGCACACAUAUUAAAGAUACAGAACUAUAAAAACCAUGUUAAUGUAUUUGCUUAAAAGGCACGAGUUUCACAUAUCUAUCUAGCUAUCUGUUGGUAAUACAGAAAGUAUAUUACUUUUUUAAAAAGUGGGCAGAAUUCUUGUGUAUGUGUAUUUGUGUGUAUAGUAAGUGUAUGUGUGUGAGUGUGUGUGUGUGUGUGUGUAUAUAUAUAUAUAUAAUAUAUAUAUAAAUAUUUUUUUAAGGAGAAAUUAGAUGUUUAGCUAGAAAAUUCCACAGCCUGUGAAGAAAUAUUUCAAAAUGGCCAUAAAGGAGGUAAAAAUGAAAACUAUUAUCUAACUUUUAUAAAGGCUUUUUAUCUUUAAUUUAAUGAUUUGCUAUGGACUCUUGGCGUGGACUCUGUUCCAGACCUCUGACUCUGCAUAUUGUUUUGAGCAGGCCUGGAACCGGGGCACCACUGGCCAUUCAGGAGUGGCAUGGACAGAAUACUAGCCCACUGGUUAGCCUCAGACACCCUGAGGUUGUGAUUUGGAAUUUCGGCCUUAUUAGAAGUCAGCGAAUCACAGGGAUUCUCUUUAGAACGCUUUUUAUGCAGAUGAAGAUAUUUUUUCCAGCACAUAGAUUCUUCCCGUUUUUCCAACAAGUAAUUACCCCGAAUUGGCACACUGCAGUGUGGACAGCUGACAUUUCAUCCAGCUGCUGGCUUGUGGGUGUGGGUCUUUUCUUUAUAUAUAUAUACACACAUAUAUAUACACAUACGAAUCUGGCUGGGCUGGUAUUUUGUUUGAUCUUCCUGGAAACGAGCAAUGAGGAGAGCUCGCAUAACUGGUUUUUUUAUCUGGGCUGAUGAAUACACUUACCUAAAGAACUCAUUUCAUUUCGCUAAGGGGGAAAAUGCACUUUCGGCAAUUCAAAAUCCAGGCUCUUGAUUUGCUGGAUUUUGGAAAACUCCUUUUUUGGCCCUGCUGUGCGCUUAGCCAUGACAAUUCCAUUGAGCAAGAAGGUAAACAAAAGACAAAGGAAAAAAAAAAAAAAAAAACUUGCACUGGCUUGUCUCACUUCUGAAACACCAUGGAGCUGUCUGAUUGGGUGGGGCUGGGUACCAUGUAUGUCGAUGCCUGUAAUUUUCAUAAUAAGCAAGUACAUAAAGAAUUACAUUCUGUUCAGGUGAUAACUGAGCCUCAAUCAAGCAGAAACUUUUUGCUUGACAUUAAAAAAAAGUUUCUAUUAGUGAAAUUUCUUUUUUUUUUGAAGCACCCUAUUAUCUAAAGAAUCUUUGUAAGAUUUUUGUAAAAUUUUGUUUUACAAGAUUUUAUUUGAAAUUGUUUUUUGCAAGAUUGUUAUAUUUCUGUAUGAAUGUAUUUUUUAUUGGAAUAACAUAAAAGAAUUCUUAUCAGCA